CAACGAAGGAAAACUGUCAGAAAAUUUUCUCCCAGCUAGCUGGCGAGUUUGUGAAACGGAGCCUUAUUUUCCAUUUGCCUGCAGGACAGCGUACAGAAAAUUAUUCUUAUUUUACUUUAUGGUCAUGGUCUUGCUCUGUUUAGUGUAAUUGUAGUGUUAGUUGGGGGGAAGCAGUGGUCAUUUCGGUUUGAUUGGUAUUUGAUACGGUGGGUGAGCAUAGACCCACUGUUCGCUUUUCAACUUAAAUCUUUCCAAAGCAAACACGAAGCGUUUUGAAGAUUAGGUUUCGACCGGAGAUGGCAGCUGACGGGAGGAUAAAAAGAAAAGGCUCUUUGGACGAGCUUGUCCAGUAUGUAACACUGCACAUUCCAAAUCCAGUCCUGCUGAAUGGAAGCACACUUCCCUUUAUGAUGGUGUUGGCUCUCUGGGGCUACCUGUGGGUGUUUGUGUACGGCGUUGAGGAGUAUUGGGAAGCUGGUUUACUUACGUUGGCCGGGAUUGGCUUUCUGCAAGUUUUUGUGUGCCUAUGCUGCUUCUGGAGCGUUCAUGUACACACGUUCCUCAACUGUCGGAAGGCUAGCAGUGCUGAAAAAGCUUUGGUGGCUAAGGUAGUCCCUACGGAAAACAAUGGAUCAUCGGAAUUGGUUAAACUUCACCGGACUAAGCUGGAUGAAACGAGCCAAUCGGAGACAAUCUAUUGGUUUCUGUUCCAGAAGACUAAAUACGUGUGGGAUCCAGAUAAGAAACAGUUUCGCAAUGUCGAGUUCCCCAUAAAUAAAACAUACCAGGAGUAUUUUGAAUCUAAAGGGCACCAGGAGGACUCUGACGUUGUGCUCUCGGAGAAAACCUACGGCAAUAACAACAUGGAGAUGGUCGUGCCGGAGUUUCUGGAAUUGUUCGUCGAACGAGCGACAGCUCCUUUUUUCGUGUUUCAAAUCUUUUCGGUGCUGCUGUGGUGCCUGGAUGAGUACAUGUAUUAUUCUUUGUUUACACUGGGAAUGCUAGUCGCGUUUGAGUGUAUUUUGGUCCAGCAGCAGUUAAGAAAUAUGUCCGAGAUUCGUAAGAUGGGCAAUAAACCGUACAUGAUGAAUGUGUUCCGAAAUCGAAAGUGGCGACCGAUGCGGUCUAAUCUGCUUGUUCCUGGUGAUCUGGUAUCAAUUACCCGCUCCCAGGAUGAGAAUUUGGUACCGUGUGAUUUGCUACUUAUCCGAGGGACGUGUAUUGUCGACGAGAGCAUGCUAACGGGUGAGUCGGUUCCCCAGAUGAAAGAAUCGCUGGAAAACACCGACGAGCACAAAAAAGAGCUAGACAUCGAAGCAGAUGGUAAACUGUAUGUUCUAUUCGGCGGUACCAAGGUCGUCCAACAUUCAUCCCCUAGUAAGGGUGCCAUGCGAGCCCCCGAUAGCGGUUGCAUCGGAUAUGUCUUACGAACCGGAUUUAAUACCUCACAGGGCAAGCUGCUCCGGACGAUUCUGUUCGGGGUGAAACGGGUCACUGAGAAUAACCUGGAAACGUUUGCAUUUAUUCUAUUUCUGCUGGUGUUUGCGGUUACUGCAGCCGUUUACGUGUGGAUCAAGGGCUCCGAAGAUCCGGAACGAAACCGGUACAAACUAUUCCUGGAGUGUACGUUGAUUUUGACGUCCAUCAUCCCACCGGAUCUGCCGAUUGAGUUAUCGUUGGCUGUGAAUACCUCAUUGCUGCAACUAUCGAAACUGUUCGUAUUUUGUACGGAACCAUUCCGGAUACCAUUUGCCGGAAAGGUCCAGAUCUGUUGCUUUGAUAAAACUGGAACACUGACGAGUGAUAAUUUGGUUGUCGAGGGUGUGGCCGGACUGAAAAAAGAUACCAGUAUUACUGCAAUCGGUGACAUCCCGGAAUCAACGGCACACGUUCUUGGAUCUUGCCACUCUUUGGUACAACUCGAUGAUGGAUUAGUUGGAGAUCCUUUGGAAAAAGCCACUCUUAUGUCCAUUGAUUGGAAUCUAACAAAAGGAGAUUCUGUUGUACCAAAACGAGGCAAAUUCAAACCCCUGAGAAUAUACCAACGAUUCCAUUUUUCGUCCUCGUUAAAGAGGAUGGCAGUGUUGGCUGGUCAUCUAGUUCCAUUCAGCAACGAAACAUGCUACAUUGGAACGGUCAAAGGAGCACCUGAAGUCAUAAUGAAAAUGCUGAAAACCAUACCGGAAAACUAUGAAGAAACGUACCUGGAAUAUUCCCGCCGAGGAGCCCGAGUUCUGGCGCUAGGGUACAAAUCAUUCCGUACGCUGGACAAUGCAACAACUCGCGAACUGAAGCGAGCUGAUGUGGAGAAAGAUCUCGAGUUCGCUGGUUUCAUCAUCAUAUCUUGCCCCCUUAAACCAGAUUCCAAAUACGCCAUCAAGGAGAUUAUCCAAGCGUCGCACAAGGUAAUGAUGAUCACCGGGGACAAUCCGUUAACGGCGUGUCAUGUAGCUAAAGAGCUUCGAUUCACCAAGCGUACGCUUGUUGUUCUUACCAGAGUUGAAUCGUACUGGCAGUGGGAAUCAAUCAAUGGAGAAAUCAAAAUUCUUUUUGACGAAAAGCGGACCGCGAAGGAUCUAUACAAAGAGCACGAUUUCUGUAUUACAGGAGAAGGUCUGCAAUAUUUGGACAGUGAACAUCAUUCCUACUUGCUCAAACUAAUGCCGUAUGUUACGGUGUUUGCACGAUUCGCUCCCAAGCAGAAAGAAUUUGUAAUCACUACGUUGAAACAGCUCGGAUUCUACACGUUAAUGUGUGGUGACGGAACGAACGACGUCGGAGCGCUGAAACAUGCCAAUGUUGGUGUUUCACUAUUGAGUCAUAUGCCAACAAAGUCAGAGAAGCGACAAUUGCGGGGUGGAUCGGUCGAUCCCACCGCGUUAGAAAAGGUUGAAAAGAAAAAGGACAAACUGGAUGAUCGGAAGGCGCUGAGCCCUAGGGAGAGGGCGAUUUUGAAACACCGUGAAAACUUAAAUUCCACCCAGGAUCGGCUGCAGAAGGUACUGAAAGAUAUUGACGAUGAGCAGGUUCCAUUCGUUAAAUUGGGUGAUGCUAGUAUCGCGGCACCGUUUACCAGUCGAUCGGCGUCGAUCAACAGCGUGUGCCACAUCAUCAAACAAGGGCGUUGCACCCUCGUCACCACACUACAAAUGUUCAAAAUUCUGGCCUUGAACGCGUUGAUCUCCGCUUACUGCCAGUCGGUGUUAUACAUCGAUGGGGUCAAGAACAGCGAUACCCAGUUAACAUUGCACGGGCUGUUGACUGCUGCCUGUUUCCUGUUCAUAACACGAUCCAAACCACUGAAAGUCCUAUCGAAGCAAGCACCGCUACCCAACAUUUUCAACCUGUACUCGGUAACGACAAUUCUGGCGCAGUUUGCAGUGCAUUUCACAGCGUUGGUUUACCUCGUGCAAGAAGCCAACGCGCGAUCGCCUCCGAGGGAAGGCAAAAUAAAAUUAAGUUUGGAUCUGGCACCCGAUGAGAAGGAGGAAUUUGUUCCGAAUAUUGUCAACAGUACGGUGUACAUUAUUAGCGUGACAAUGCAGAUUGCAACGGUGGCGGUGAACUAUAAGGGUCAUCCGUUCAUGGAGAGCAUGCGUGAGAAUCGACUGCUUUCGUAUGCAAUCCUCACGUCCAGUACGAUCGUGCUUUGUCUGGCUCUGGGCCUAAUACCGGAUUUGUUGACCACCUUCGAAGUGAUCGACUUCGAACCCGAUUUCCGAAAGAUCCUGGUAGGCGUUCUGGUAGCUGAUAUGAUUCUCGCUUAUCUCGUGGACCGCGUUUGUUCCUUCUUGUUUGGCGAAAUGCGCAAAAAGACCGAUAUAAUUGCCUAGGUCCUAGCGCGAAAAGUUUUAGCACCGAUCUCGGUUACCCUGUUGUGCAUAUUGCACAAUUUAUACUAAUGCAUUGCGGAAUAACGGACUUAGAAAAUAAAGGGAUUGAUAAGAAUAGAUGUUUUUUCGUUGUUUAAUCGUAUAAUAAAUAAAACAAUCACACAAUAUGAAAGAGAGAAAAUACCGCAACCGGGUGAUAACGUAAUUUUUUAAUUCGAUUUAUAUAUCUAAAGCGCGUAUAAAAUGCAGCAAUGUGAUGCAUUCUUUUAACCCUGUUGCAGCUUGUAUUAGCGAGCAGUAAACUAAUUACUACAGUUGCAAGUUGCAGCGCAUGAAAACAAGCCUGAAGAGUAAAAACUGAAUUUGUGUUGAGGUGUCUAGAAUAAAGACUUGUGUAAUGGAAGAGAAACUAGAUUAAAUAAUUCAAUAAAUGAAUGAUGAUACGCAGGGCACGAACUGAAAAAGCAAGUAUGUUCAAACACCGUUUACUUGACGUAUACACACUUUAUAUAACUACGUCUUAUGAGUUUUUAGUUGCAAUAAUGUUGUAUGAAUCAUCGUA